GGUGUUAUCGGUGUCAUGCAGCUCUCUAAUUUAUUUUGAAUGGAAAAUUUAAAAUUCUCUUAACUGGCACAACGGUUAUUACUUUUUAUGCAACAUUAACUUUAACAUUAAAUUGCAGCAGUUUGGAUAUAGCCCAAUAUAAAGUCUGCCAAAAUGAACACUUGAUUGACAAUUUUUGAGUGAGUGACAACAAUGUACGGGGGAUAUGUGCUUCUAUUAAUUUUGCCUGCUUUGUGCACCGCUGCAAACUCAUUCAAUUAUACGAGCUGUGACCAGGCGAAGCAACCCAAAUUUAUGAGCUCCUGCUGCAAUGUCCAGCGAAACGAUAAAGCCAUCCAGACCUGUCGCAAAUCCUUGCUGACCAAAAACUCUACUACAACCACAAACAAUGGCGAGUCGCGAAAUCUCAAAUCGGAUAAAGUGGCCCUGCAUGCGUGCAUAGCCGAGUGUGCCUUCAAGGCGAAUGGAUAUUUGCUAACCAAUGGAUCCGUGAACGUGGCAGCCUUGCAGCAAAGCUACCAGCAGCGCUACAAGAACGAUGCGACCAUGUCCCAGCUGAUGGUGAGCAGCCUGAAUAGCUGCGUGGACUAUGCGCUAAAGCGUACCCAGCAAUACCAAUGGAUGCACACGAAGGGGGAAUGCGACUAUUAUCCUGCCACCUUGCUGGCGUGCAUUUUGGAACAGGUAUACGAGAAUUGUCCCGCCACAAAAUGGAAGAACACAGACGAGUGUGCAGCGAUGCGCAAAUAUUUGAUUGCCUGCGAUGAUGUCAAGAGUGGCAGGAAGUAAUAUUGAAGAAUAAAUUAUGCAUAACCAAAUCAUACUAUAAAGCAUUUACAGAGCAUACAAAAAUAUGUGU